AUGGCGUCGGAAUUCGACACACUCCACGCGUACAUCUGGUUCCAGAACUCACCCAUCUCCUCCAUAUUCACCGCCGCCGCGGCGGCGGCGGCAGGCGCGAGUAACAAGUCCUCCUCCACUAGUGAAGGCGACGUGACGAGGGACGGGAUGGAAGAGGAGGAGGAACAAGAAGACAUCAUCCCUCCGCCGGCGGCGGCGGAUGUACUAUAG